CGGCGCUAGUAUUGAAUGGACAGGUAACCGGUGAACUCGCAAUAUUGGAUUAGUCUCGAUCGUGUCCGUCGAUCCGUGUGAAUCAUUGGGAUUUCAGAAGAAGAAAAAUAACGACAAACGAGAAAGCAGAGAAAUCUAGUGAGACCUCUAAAGUUCUCCAAAGUGCGUUCUUGCUGUGGUGCUUUGAACCUGUGCAUUAGUGUCCCUGUGUUAGUGAUCACGUCGUUGAAGAAAAGUGAUCUUCGGACCCCUGUUUGUGUAUAGGUAAUAAAAUUGUGACUGCCCUUGGCUUUGAUUUGAUUUGUUUGAUCGGAGAGAAAAGUGUGUGUCAAUAUUAUUACCAAAUAAGUUGGUAGAUCUAGGACCUCUCAAGGUUGAUUGGAGUUUGUUUACCGACGUCAAGAUAUCUGCAGCACUCUCGCAGCUGGGCACCGUACACGCCUCACAGGCACAGCACCCAUUCUGGAAUCCAGUAGUACCGCCUGGCAGCAGCUGCUGAUAAGACGUUAGAGUGUGAGUCUGCGCGCAUCGAUCAAGCGCCACAACUGUGAGUGGAAAAAAAGCAGAAACAUAAAGAAUGUCUAGCACAAACAGUACAGCCUCCAAUGGUGGCACUGUCAAGUACGAGGCCCGCCUGUGUCACGUAGUCAAACGGCCCGACUUCGAUGGCUAUGGGUUUAAUCUGCAUGCGGAGAAGGGACGUCCCGGCCAGUACAUCGGUAAAGUGGACGAUGGAUCUCCAGCGGAAGCUGCGGGUUUGCGUCAAGGUGAUCGCAUCAUCGAGGUCAACGGGACAAACAUCACCAACGAAACGCACAAGAAGGUCGUGGAGCUGAUCAAGAGCAUCUCGAAUGAAACUAAACUGCUUGUGAUCGAUCCUCGGGCCGAUGCGAGCGAGUUGAAGGCCGCAGCUGCUGCUGCCAAGAGCAAGAACGGCGGUGUUGAUGUAAAUGAUAACAGCAAACAGAUGUCAACCAAUCGGAAGGAUAGCUUGAACGAAAAAUCUAGCCCGCAAUCGAAUCGGAAUAAACAUGACGUCAACGGUAGCAGUGCUAAUGAAGAUGCCAACAACAAGAAGAACACAAGCGCAAACAACAACCACGACACGAGUGCUAAUAAAAUGAUGUUGACAAAUGGAGACACGAAGAAGCAGCCUGUCGAACAGAUUAUCGAGGACACCAAGACCUUGUCGGUGGCAGCGAAGGUAGAAUCGAGCGGCAAACCGAUGGCAACCGCAAACGGAAGCAAUGGUACCUCAGAAAACGUCACCAAGGAUGGCCCCAAACUGAACCUCAAUAUGACCGCCGCCGAGCUACGUGCCCAGCUCGCUGCCCGGAAGAAGUACGACCCAAAGAACGAUGUGUGUGAUUUGCGCAAAAAGUACGAAAUUAUUCAGAAAAUGUGAUAAGUUACUUAUGUGGUAUGAAUGGCGCGAGUGCGGGCGUGAUAGAGACUCGAUUGAUACACAAGACACGCUUCACCUUGUUCGGUUAGUUACUUAAAGACGAUACUUCCUUCCUCAGAGGAUGAGUGAGGAUUAGUACUCAAGAACUUCGAGAACCACCCUACUGUGCAUAUGCGUUGCAGUGGGACCUGCACUGCUUAAUUGUACAGAAUAAAAAAUAUGCACCCAAUAACAUUCCUCCCCUCGUUGAUGCAGCAGUAGGACAUAUCACGACGAUUGUAGAAAUAUCAGAAAAUCUUAGUUUUUAACCAGUUUACGGUUGCGACACCAUUGCAUUACACCAUGCAUUGAUUCCCGAAAGCAGGUCGCGCUAAUCUCUUACGCACACACACACAAGUAUAAAUAUCGGAAUCCGUUAUCAUCGUAGGCCCCCACAUCUGAUAAAGCCCUCCGCGAAAGAUAGUGACAUGUUGGAAUUUAAAGUUCGGCGGAAACAAAGGCAAGCAGAAAACAUGUACACACAGUAAAGUAAUUAGCAAUUGGGACACGAUCUGGCCGACCGACCGAAUCUUACUCUGAAGAUUUAUAUUGGGCAAACAACAGAACGUGCCCGUAUGGAAACGAAAACAUUUUCUGGUCGUCGGGAAAGAAGUUUUAUAUGACACUGUGGUGCCGCCUUGCGAAAGUUAUAUUUUAUUUUAUAUUUUCCGAUAUCUGAUUAUUCGAACGAACGAAGGCGAAGAUGGCUUUCAAUUAGAGAAGUGUUGAUAAUGAUGUUUGAAAUGAAAAAAAAGACGACAGCAGAAGAAGGAUGAAUCACGAAUGAAACUGUAUGUGCGGUGACGAAAGUGUGGUGAAGACAGAACACACAUAAGAAGAAGAAAAUGUGCCAAAAUUUAAAAAAAGACAUUACCACAUCUGAAAGCUUUGUUCUACUGACGAAAUUUGAGUGAAAUUUAUCAAAAGUUGCAUGAAAUGAAGAAAAAUGUGAACACUGAUAUGUAUUACACAUGAUUAAUAAAAUAUAUUUAUAGCCUAUGAA